AUUAUGUUAGACCAGCGAAGAAGAAACGGGGCAAAAUGGCAGCUACCUACACAAGAAGCGUGAUAAAUUUCCUCUCAUUAGAGCGAAAUGCUCUCUUAUCAAGAGGAAACGGGUUUCUUGUGGAGUCAAAAAGGUAUGUGCGUGGACUGAGAAGGAGACCUGUUAGAGUGUUACUUCCCGAAAACGAGACAGGUGAAGUCCUGAAGCAGUCUGAGCCAGCAGUGCAAAACAUGAAGAGGCAAAAGGAGGCGAAAGUCACUGUAACCUCAGCGCAGCAUCCCGGAGAAAGUGACCUUGUGAGGGCGAGGACCGGCGUGCAGUCACCUAUGAAGUAUGCUCAUGUAGCUGCUACAAAGGAUCAGAUUGAUGGGCUCCGCUUCGAGAGGGCUUUCCCCGGAGAUAAAAGACUGGCGAGGGUAGUGAGUGUUGCCCGUUCCAGGACGUUUCGGGAGCAUCAGGGUAAAAUCCUUCUGGAGGGCAGGCGUCUGAUCUGUGAUGCCCUGAACGCUGGCGCCAUCCCACAGAUGGUGUUCUUCAGUACUGUGGAUCGGCUCCGAGAGCUCCCCUUAGACAAGCUGAAAAGGGCCACUUUAGUCAAAGUCAAAUUUGAGGACAUCAAGAUCUGGUCUGACCUUGUGGCCCCACAAGGAGUGAUAGCCAUCUUUUCUCGCCCGGACCCAUCACGGCUGAACUUUGUAAACACAAGUCAUUCAGUGCCAAUGUCCCUGAUAUGCGACAACAUCCGUGACCCUGGCAACCUUGGGACUAUACUGCGAUGUGCUGCUGCUGCUGGGUGCCAGAAUGUCCUGCUCACCAAAGGUUGUGUUGAUGCUUGGGAGCCUAAAGUACUGCGUGGAGCAAUGGGUGCUCAUUUCCGUCUUCCUGUUUAUCCCAGUUUGAGCUGGGAUGAUAUCGAAAAUCACCUCCCAAAACCUGUGACUGUUCAUGUGGCUGACAACAGCUGUGACGAAAGUAGAGAAACUGGGGACGUACAAGUUAAUGCUUCUCACAAACCCUCCAAAGCAGGAGACUAUGGCUGGAUCAGCGCAAAGAAUAAUCGAAACAACAUGCGCUAUGAGGAAUACGAUCUGGACUCUGACACCGAUUGUGAAGAUGAAGGACUUUCACUCCCCAGAGUGGACUCCAAGCUGUACCAUGAAAGCUGGGCUCAGAGUCCCACUGCUCUUGUGAUAGGUGGUGAGACACAUGGUCUCAGUCUAGAAGCAGUCCAGCUGGCAGAGAAAACUGCCGGUCAAAGGUUGUUUAUUCCCAUCGUUCCUGAUGUGGACAGCUUGAAUUCAGCCAUGGCUGCCAGUAUCCUUUUGUUUGAGGGCAGGAAACAACUGUUAAAGCUAAUUCAGACAUCUGGAAGGAAAUGGAAAUCUAAAGCUGAGCGGCAGUUUUCAUGAUGUUCCCUCUAAAUAUAAGUAUUGUGUAAGAUUUCCUGUGUCCAUUUAUUCUUACUACCAAAGACUGAACAGAAUAAUUUAAAUGUCCAAUGUACGUCCUGUUCUGCAAAUAUUAAAACACUGAAUUUCAA